GACCGAGGACAGAUGCCUGCCCUAGUAGGACCCCAUGAGCCACAGCCCUGUGUGACAGCCUGAGGGGCCACGCCUUGGUCAGGGGUGUCUGCAGUGAGGUGCAGGCAGGAGCAGUGCAGUUGGGAACAACUGGUGUCUUAGACACGGGUGCUCGUGGUCCGAGGGGUGGACACACACUGCUGAACCCUUCUCAUGGGGGAGUGACGUCAGGUGGUCUCCGGCCCAGCCUUCAGGGCCUCCCAGUGCUCCUCAGGGUGUGGGGACCAUCGUGGGGCUGCCCCAGGCUGGUGUCCUCCCCCUACACUCACCAGCCCCUCCAUCCUCAAGUGUGGGUCCCAAGGUCAGGCCCUGAUGAACACCCGCACACCACAUGCUACCCUGAGUGCCAGGGCCUACGGGAAGCUACACUGGGUCCCUGUGUCGUGGGCAGGGCCUGUGGGAAGGGCGGCCCCACGUGCCACUCAAGGAAAGGCAGUGUCCCCACCUGGCCUGAGGACUCCACAUGGGGUGAAUGCCUGACCCGGGCUGGGCCUCCCUUUGCGGAGUGGCUCAGAUGCCCCCCCUGGAGUGUGGUCCCCACAUCCCAUACCUGCCUAAGGUCCUUGGCAUUCUCGGGCUCUGUCGUGGUGCAGGAGUGGCUGCCUGUGCACCCCACGGGCCUCCAGCUUCACUGCCUCAACGUGGCCACGAGCUGUCGCCAGGGCGGGCAGGGGUGCCUGGCACCUGGUCGCUAGGGCAGCGACAUCACAAGGUUCGGAAGGUGGCAGCGGCCACGGAACUCUGUGGCCUUGGGCUGUUUCUGUGGUGCCUGUGGGCUCUGGGCUUCCACCUCUGUGGGGCUGCAGGAGCUGUGAGGGACGACGAGGGACGUGCGCCCGCCAUGGCUGAGGGCGGUGAGCUGAUGAGCCAGCUCCUGAGUGAGAACGCAGACCUGAAGAAGCAGGUGCGCCUCCUGAAGGAGAACCAGAUGCUGCGGCGGCUGCUUAGCCAGAGCUGCCAGGACGGUGGUGGCCGAGACCUGCUCCCCCAGAGGGCGCCCGCCUACCCCGAAGCCAGCUCCCCUGGGAGCGGAGUUCCAGAUUUUGGAAGGUUCACCAGUGUCGCUGACACACCCUCCCAGUUGCAGAUGCCCUGCCUGGAGGACCUGCUGUGCUCACAUGCCCCCCUGCCCAGUGAAGACGACGCCUCCCCAGGCUGUGCAGCCCCUUCCCAGGCAUACUUCAAGGCCUUCUUCAGUCCCUCGGAGCUGCACAGCCACCGAGGCACUGACAGGAAGUUGUCCCCACUCCUGAGCCCCUUGCAAGACUCACUGGUGGACAAGAGCUUGCUGGAGCCCAGGGAGGUGGUCCGGACUAAGAAGGUGUGCUUCUCGGAGAGCAGCCUGCCCACCGCGGACAGGACCAGGAGGGGCUACUACCUCAAUGAGAUCCAGAGCUUCGCGGGCGCCGAGAAGGACGCGCGCGUGGUGGGCGAGAUCGCCUUCCAGCUGGACCGCCGCAUCCUGGCCUACGUGUUCCCGGGCGUGACGCGGCUGUACGGCUUCACCGUGGCCAACAUCCCCGAGAAGAUCAAGCAGACCUCCAUCAAGUCCCUGGACGGCUCCGUGGACGAGAAGCAGCUGCGCGAGCUGACGCAGCGCUACCUGGCCCUGAGCGCGCGCCUGGAGAAGCUGGGCUACAGCCGCGACGUGCACCCGGCCUUCAGCGAGUUCCUCAUCAACACCUACGGGAUCCUCAAGCAGCGGCCCGACCUGCGCGCCAACCCUCUGCACAGCAGCCCCGCCGCGCUGCGCAAGCUGGUCAUCGACGUGGUGCCCCCCAAGUUCCUGGGCGACUCGCUGCUGCUGCUCAACUGCCUGUGCGAGCUCUCCAAGGACGACAGCAAGCCGCUCUUCGCCUGGUGAGCCGCCCCCGCCGCCCCUGUCCGCAAGCCGCUCUUCGCCUGGUGAGCCGCCCCCGCCGCACCUGUUCGCUCCCGCCGGGCCGCGCCCCAGCGCGAACUCGCGGAGGGGAAGGGCUGCGCCCCCCACGCGCGAGGCCGGAGCGCGAGCCUCUCCCGCCGCAGCGGGGCCCCCGCCGCCCUUCAUUAAAGUCACCUGUUUGCUUGUCCGCCUUGACCUCUGGCUCCCGGAGGGCGUGAAGGGCGCCUGGGCCGUGGAGGAGCCCGAAAGAGCCGCCGCGGCAGCGCCCCCGCCCCAGCUCUCCUGUCCCUGGAGGGCGGCGAGGCCUGUCCCAGCGCGGGUUUCCCCGGAUGAAGCUGGGGCGAGGAUUUGGUUCUGGCGGAGGGUCACGCGCUCCUGCCGGCAACUUGGAAACGCAGCCCCUUGUUCAAAAGCGAAGAGAAUUAGAAAGGGCAACAGCAGAGCCUUACGGUGAAGCGGGGCCUGAGGACUGAGAAGGUGACAACACAGGCUGGGGAGCCCCGAGACCAUGCGGGUGCCGGGGGUGGGCGAGCGCCGGGGAGCCCGGAGACCAUGUGGGGUGCACCUGGCACCAUCCCAGAGCGGGAAGCAGGGAAGCUUACCCAUCAAUUCCCCUCCCCGGUCAUCUCCCUGCAGGAGGCCAGAACAUCGAGGGGACAGGGCCCUCUGAAUUGUCCGGGCCUUGGAGCUGAGGGGAUACCCGGUUCCACGCGUUUUGAGGGAGUCUUGGCUCAUGACGCAGAGGUCAGGGUGCUCAGCCUGGUCCUUGCACUGUCAGCAACAGGGCGGGGAAGGCAGGGCUGUCACACUCCAACAGUUCAGAGCUCUACACGACACAGGGACAGCUGGGGACCCAGCUCUGGCUGGUAGUUACAACACUCAGGUCCCGGGUGCAGGUGGGCUGGAUCCUGGGGUGGGGCCCAACCUUGUGCCCAGGAGAGGACAGGCCAACUGGCCUGGGAAGCUCUGGCUGGGUGUUGAUUUCUGGCCUUACCUUUGGGGGUUGCCUGUGGCCACACCCACACUGGGCUGGCACUGUGGCUGGGCCCGGAGCUCUGGGCCCCAGGACUAGGCUGCAGUCACAUGGUCUCAGCCAGGUGGUCCAUGUCCCCUCGGGGCCAGCGAGUGGAUGCUUCCAGCAAGCCUGGGUAGGAAGGGCUGUGAUGGAAUUUUUUUCGGUUGGGUGUGGUGGGACACAGACACAGUACCUGCCUCGAAAGAGAGUCUGUCACAAAGUACUGCAGACCCAGCAGCUUAAACCACAGAAACCUAGAGGGGGAGGGCACCUAUCGCUCCACGCAGGCCACUGGGGAGCGCCGAGAUGACAGGAUCCAGAAGGUGAGAGGGGAGAGCGUUGCCAGAGGCUGUACAGGGGCUGUAUGGGGUUUCCCUGGGAAGGAAGGCCAGGGAGGGUAGGCACGGAGGAGCAAGUUCAGGAUUGGACAGGUUAAUUUCCGUGGGCUCUGGGCUGUAGCGGCAUCUAGCUGACCACCGUCACGUCCCAGGGUGAUUGAGAGCAGGGGAACAUCGGUUUGGUCAGUGAGUCAGAUAAGGGGUGGUCGGGUUUACAGCUGCAGAUGGGUUGACUUGUGCAUUAAAGGGGAGCUCUGUUUGCUGCCUCUAUUAGCUGGUCCUGGGAGGGCAGUCUCCACCCAGCCAGUAAGGGGAGGGCAGUCUCCACCCAGCCAGUAAGGGAGGGCAGUCUCCACCCAGCCAGUAAGGGAGGGCAGUCUCCACCCAGCCAGUAAGGCGUCCGAGAGGUCAGAGUAUCAUAAACCGUAGGUAAUACAGGACAGUCCGGUGGGCAGGUGGCAUUCAGCCCCUGUGCUCUGGGUCUCUAGAAGAAUGGGGUUCUCAGCCUGUGGCCAUGGGUCCCCCAAACAGCCUUGGUGUUUUCCAGGCUCUCGGGCUUGGCUUGGAAUGGCCCCUGGGGUCUUUGGCUGGGGCGGUGCUAUGGCUCACCCUCAUCCAUAUAGUGGAGCCUAAGGUGUCCACUGUGCUGGGCCAGCCUGGGGAGGCCCAGUGGUCAGAGGCUGAACCCCACCUGGCAGUGCCACCCCCUAGGCUGCAGGUGCAUGUGGAACUUUCUGGAGGGCUCUCCUGCAGAGAGGGUGGAGCCCAUGCCUGCAUUUUUUCUUACUGUGCUAUUAAAAUGAGGAGAAAUGGGAACGGGGCGAGGAGGGUGGCCCUGGGGUGGCUGGUGUGGCUGUGUCUCCUGGGGUCUCACCUGCGCCCUGGGCACCCAUCCUUCUGUCUGUAGAUGGGAGGGCAGAGAGCUUCUGGGGACAACGCCCACCUGCUACGACGCAGGUGGGCACCGGCCCAGGUAGACUCUGGGAUUCUCUGAGUGGGACACCUCUCUCCUGCACACAGGGGCUGUAUUCAGUCAUUUACUUACUGCACAAUUCUGUCUCAUACUCCGGGCUAGAAAAGUGCUCUGGGUUCCCUGCGUGUGUGGCCUGCCUGGCCACUGGGGAGUGAUGGUGGAAACCCUGGUGUGGGCACGGCUGAGAUUCUUUCUCCUGUAAGUGGGGUCCCUUAGGGUCCCCUAUUCAGCAGCUAUUUACAGCACCUGCCAGCAUUUCUAAUGUCUCAGAGCUGCCCCCGAGAACCAGCGCUGGCCUCAUGACAGGCCCCGUUUCCUCUCGUGUUCUCAGCUGUAGCCAAGCCCUGGCACAGCCACUGGGUCAGAAUCGCAUGCAGCCCCCGUCGGGGCCUCCCGCCCGCAACCCUCUCCCCUGAGAGGCGGUUCGCUGGGCCUGAGGACAGGGCCAGGUCUUGCGUUGGCGCCGGGUCACAAGUGGAUGGUUCCGGUCACUCUGCUGUGGCGCGAGGAUGAAGGUGCCAGCCCAAUGUGGGCGACCCGUGUAGCUGGCAUGUUCCAAUGCCCUGCACCUCGGGACCCUGGAUACCUGCAGCUGCCGUCACAAAGUACCGCAGACCCAGCAGCUCAGACCACAGUUCUGGAGCCCAAACUACGGGAUCAGAGUGUCUCUGUCUGUCUGAGGCCUCCCUGCCUGUCCUCUCCUGGUCUUUUCUCUGUGCCUUUCCCUCUUCACCUCCCAUCCAUCGCCACAUUCAGUUCAGUCUGCAGUGCUGGGGGUCAGGGCUUCAGCAGAUGGUUUCUGGAGGGGAUACAGUGCAGCCCUCAGCAGACUCCAUCUUCCCCUCCCGGCCUCCACAGAGCCCUGACCCAUCCUCCCCUCCUGGCCUCCACAGAGCCCUGACCCCAUCCUCCCCUCCCGGCGUCCACAGAGCCCUGACCCCAUCCUCCCCUCCCGGCCUCCACAGAGCCCUGACCCAUCCUCCCCUCCCGGCCUCCACAGAGCCCUGACCCAUCCUCCCCUCCCAGCCUCCACAGAGCCCUGACCCCAUCUUCCCCUCCCGGCCUCCACAGAGCCCUGACCCAUCCUCCCCUCCCGGCAUCCAGACAUGGAUCCCUGACCCCAUCCUCCCCUCCUGGCCUCUGGACAUGGAGCCCUGGCCAGGGAACUCUGUGCGCCCCUAGCUUUUGAAGGUUUCUGGGCUUACGUGGCUCCUCUCUCACGCCAGGUGCCCUGAGUAGCCACAGAGGUGGGUCCCUUAGGCCCCUGUGGCUGGGGAGUCCAUUAAGAACUUGGAGUGGGGCUGGGCUCAGUAGCUAACACCUGGAAAUCCAGCACUUUGGGAGGCCAAGGCAGGAGGAUCGCUGGAGCCCAGGAGUCUGACCAGCCUGGGUAACAUGGUGAGACCUUGUGUGUAUUAGUCUGUCCUCAUGCUGCUAAUAAAGACGUACCCAAGACUGGGUAAUUUAUAAAGAAAAAGAGGUUUAAUGGACUCACAGUUCCACGAGGCUGGGGAUGCCUCACAGCCAUGGUGGAAGGCAGAGGAGGAGCACAGGCACGUCUUCUGAGAGUGUGCAGGGCACUGCACUUAAAAAGCAUCACAUCUCACAGGACUGUUCACUGUCAGGAGACCAGCACGGAAAAGCUGCCCCAUCAUUCACUUACCUCCUCCCGGGUCUUCCUGCUACAGGUGGGAUUAUGGGGGCUACAGUUCGAGCUGAGAUUGGGGCGGACACAGCCAGACCCCGUCACCAUGUCUACGAAAAACUGAAAAUUUAGCCGGUGUGGUGGGGUGUGCCUGUGGUCCCAGCUGCUCAGGAGGCUGAGGUGAAAGAAUUACAUGAGUCCAGGGGCCGAGGCUGCCGUGAGCCGUGAUUGUGCCACCGCACUGCAGCCUGAGCGACAGAGUGUGGCUUUGUCUCAACAACAACAAAAAAGAAAAUAAUAAAAGCCCUGCAAGUGGGCAGCAGCCAAACGUGGAGACACAUGAGGUCUCCCCUGGUGCCACUGAUUUUGUGGGGAGCCUCCAGCCAGGGGAGCAGCUGCUGGGGAGAGCUGGGGCCUCAGCAUCAUACAUGCCCACGCUCACUCUCACAUGUGUGGUCCCCUUCCCCACACUUACACAUAUCCACACUCACACAUGUGCUCCCUGCCCCAUGCUUACAUGUAUCCACCCUCACAUGUGUUCCCUGCCCCACGCU